AUGCAUCUGCCUUGGGCUGCGAGGUCACUGUUCGCUGUGGCGACGGUGGCCUUCCAAGUCGUUAGCGCACACAACAUUGUGCUGCCUGCCCACGGCAUCGAGUGCUUCCACGAGAGCCUGCAUCGCGACGACAAGAUGACCGUCACCUUCCAGACUGGUGAUCGGGAAUUUGGCAGCGCUGGCAAUCUCGAUGUCGACUUUUGGAUACUGAACCCUAGCGGUGGCUACGAGGUCAACGAGAGGAGUGUCUCUACCGGCGACCACUCCUUCACUGCCCACACCGACGGCAAAUACACAUACUGCUUCGGUAAUCAGCACUGGGGAGCAAACACCAAGGAGGUUUCUUUCAACGUCCACGGUGUCGUCUAUGUCAGCGAAUCCGAAAUGCCAUCUGACCCUAUUGAAGCCGAAGUCCGCAAACUGUCCGAUCUCCUUGCCCAAGUCAAGGACGAACAGCAGUACAUUAUCAUGCGAGAGCGGACCCACCGCAACACUGCCGAGAGCACCAACGCCCGCGUCAAGUGGUGGAACCUGUUUGUCAUUGGCGUCGUCCUCGGCGAGUCUCUGUUCCAGGUCUGGUGGUUGCGCCGCUUCUUCGAGGUCAAGCGUGUCGUAUAA